AUGGAUCAAACAGAAAAGCAGAAGCAGAAGCAAUCACUGAGUCAGUUCCAUAGAAAACUGACUCGGUUGCUUCUUUCAGUUUCUAUUUUUUCCUUGUUUUUUUCUCAUUCUUUGUUCCAUUCCUUAAACUCCACUUUCCAUGACACACUUGCUUUCAAGUUUCUUAGCCAUAACAUAGAAAAAAACUUCAUAUUCCUUCUUUGCAAUGGCCUCCUUGUUUUCCUUGCAAAAUUUUCUGGACUCAUCAGUUCUUCAUCAAAGCAUAAUAAUGAUCAUCAGUCUUUCAAGAGCUAUGAAUAUGUUACUCAAACUGAGUCAACUAGUUUGGAUCCCAAAACACCAUUGUUAGAGAAGGAAGAAAAUGCUGGUCUUGAUGAAGAAGAGUUAAAACGGGCAUCAGUUGAUGAACCUUUUGUUGAAGAGAUGAACAAAAGGUUUGAUGAAUUUAUCAGAAAGGUGAAAGAAGAAUUAAGCACGGAAGCUUGA